GAUAAUUGAUAAGAUAAGAGUUAAAGGUAGCAUUAAGAAGGUGAAACAAUAAAAACAGUAAAAGAAGAACGCCCAGAUUAGAAUAAAACAUGAAAUUCCUGCUUCUAUUGUGCAUACCUUUAGUGUAUGGUUAUAUCGUACCUGAGACAAAAAAUUCUACAGUACGAACCAAUUUCGGAGGGCGUAUAAUUGGUGGUGAAAUUGCCAGAGCCAGUCAAUUUCCAUUUGCUGCAGCUAUAUAUGCCACUUAUGAAACAGGUUCUUUUUUCUGUGGGGGAGCUAUAAUUGGAAACCUAUGGAUUCUGACAGCGGCACAAUGUAUCAAUGGUGCUACACAGUUCACCAUCCAUCUCGGCUCAAACAGUUUGAACAAUGCGGACCCAAAUCGUGUUACAGUAGCAACUUCCACAUACAUAGUCCAUCCAGAAUUUGAUCCAGACACACUGGAACACGAUAUUGGGUUACUGCGCCUUCGACUGCCUGUAGAUUUCAAUGAAUACAUGACUUCCAUAAGUUUGCCAGAAAGAAGUGUCACAGACUCCGCAACAGUCACAACGAUUGGUUGGGGGCAAGAAAGCGAUCAAAACCCAGGUCUACUGGAUAAUUUACACUACGUACAAUUGGCUACCAUAUCCAAUACAGAAUGCAAACUGUACUAUGGUGAUCAAGUUGCAGAUGACAUGGUUUGCGUUGUUGGACAAUUGAACGAAGGAAUUUGUACCGGUGACAGUGGUGGUCCAUUAAUAGAAUACCGUACUGAACGAGCAGCUGUUCAUGUUGGUGUCGCUGUUUUUGUUAGUUCCCAAGGGUGUGAAAGUACUUUACCAUCAGGAUUUACUAGAACGUAUCCAUACGUAGACUGGAUUAGAAGUGUCACCGGUCUAGUAGCAUAACAAAAAGAAGAACGAGUAUUUUAGCUAAAUAUCGUAUCACGUUAUAUUAUUAUUGUUCUUAUUCGUUUUACUGAAAAAACAAAAAAAGUCGAUCUCAAUAAAGUAUAUUUAACAUCUA